CUGCCGUCGUCGCCGCGCUGCCCCGAGUCCUCCGAACGACGUUCGCGGCCCCCUUCUCCUUUGAACACCCACGAACGCCCGUCCCAUGGGCAAACGGCACGGCUUGCUGCGGCAUGCCGCCAAGGCAGCCAAGGAGCAGGCUCAGAAAAAGGUCGCGCCAGGGUCACGGUCCGGGCCGGGAUCGAAGCCGGUGACAAAGACACAGCCCGGGGCCGGCCCGCCAGCAGCAAAGAAGCAGAAGACGGGCAACAAUAGUAGAGUUCAACAGAACCAGAAGCCCACCAUCCCAUUCUCCCCGGCCGACUCCAUCCUCCUGGUCGGCGAGGGCGACCUCUCAUUCGCCGCAUCGCUCAUCGCCCACCACAAGUGCACCGACGUGACAGCGACGGUGCUCGAGAAGGACUUCGCCGAGCUCUCGGCCAAGUACCCGCACGUGUCGUCCAACAUCGCCGUCAUCGACAACCCAUUCAACCCGAACUGCCGCCUCCUGUACGGCAUCGACGCGCGCAAGCUGCACCCGCCCUUCACCACCAGCACCACCACUACCACCAGCAACAAAGAAAACAAACAACAACGGCAAGGCGCCAUGAAGCGCAUCAUCUUCAACUUCCCGCACACUGGCGGCAAGUCCACCGACGUCAACCGCCAAGUCCGCCACAACCAGGAACUCUUGGUGGACUUCUUCCGCCGCGCGCAGCACUCGCUCGCGCCGGGCGGCACCAUCGUGGUGACGCUGUUUGAGGGCGAGCCGUACACGCUGUGGAACAUCCGCGACCUGGCGCGGCACGCCGGCCUGCAGGUGCAGCGCAGCUUCCGGUUCGUCGCGGCCGCCUACCCGGGGUACGGGCACGCGCGGACGCUCGGGGUGGUGAAGAACAAGCGCGGGGAGGUGGCGAGGCAUGCGUGGAAGGGGGAGGAGAGGCCGGCGAGGAGCUAUGUUUUUGUGAGGAAGGGC